CGUAGACCAAAGCCUUAGUUACAAACUUGCCGUUCACGAGACUCAACGUGCUGGCGAACACACACUCACACACACAGCCUGACGACACUCCGAUUAUCAUCGUCGAGGGAUAUUGACUUUAUUUAUAGACAGACCAGAACGUCGCUUUAAACAAUUACAAUAAGACGCUCGUUGCACGAGAGAUCGACCGAUUCAAUUCCGCAAGGAUGGAGGACAAAGAGUACAGCAGCUCGGACAGCGACGACGAGGAGUACGUCCCGAACGAGGAGGCAUCCGAGGGCUCGGUGUGCGGCAGCUCCGACGCCGAGGACGAGGUACAGGAGAACGACACGGAUGACCAGAAACUCAGCAAGAAGAAGGGUAAUCUGAAGAGGAAGUCAAGAGGUGCUGGAGAGAAGAUCAGGAAGAAGACGACAAGACUGUCCAGUGCCGAUGACAAGGAAUCCAGCAAUGACGAUGAAAAGACAGACAGCAAAAGUGAAAUGACUGCGGACGAAGAGAGGGCUAGAAGUGAUGCACUGUGGCAGAGUUUCUUAAGCGAGACUGGAUCCUCUUCAAAGACAAAAGCAACUAAGACUGAAACAACCCAAUCUGUAGAUAAGCCACAAACUUCUAACGAAUUGCCUACUGAUAAAAGUACAAAAGAAAUAAGAAGUACAGAAAUCACCCCUAAAGUAACUACAAAGAAUUCAAUUCUAGAUGAAAUUAGGGCAAAUAGAGUGACAAAGCCGCUCACGUCAGUCAUUGGAAGCAAUAGUAAAAGUAUUUCAUCGCCACUGAUACCUUCAAAAGGCCCAGUUCUAAAGAGGGGUCUUUCUAGUGUCCUGGGCAAUCUCAACAAAAAAACCAAGAUCAAUACGUUAGAACAAUCUAAGCUUCAAUGGGAUAAGUUCAAAGAAGAAAACGAUCUUAAAGAAGAAUUAACAACUUAUAAUCGCGGCAAAAAUGGGUACUUAGAAAAGCAAGAUUUUCUUCAAAGAAUCGACUCACGACAGUUCGAAAUGGAGAAAGAAAUGCGCGCGGCAAAGCGUAAAACGCGAUAAAUUAUUAUUUCAUUCAUGUUGAUCAUGUAAACUUGAAUAAUAAGUGACUGUUUUAUGUUACAAUCUAUAGAUCUUUUCAUACUUAUAAGUAA